AUCAGUAAUAGCGGCGACGGGUAAACGAGUAUCGGGAGUGCUUGCAUACGCGAGAUCUCGUGACUUAACGAGAGUUCACGAGAGUUUCUCUCCAAAUAACGUUUGGAGUGAACCAAAAAAAAAUAUAUAUACAGUGACGAUUAAGAAAAAAGUGCCGACACGCUGUUGGCGUGGUAUAUACACCGUGUGACAGACAGUAGGGGGUAGUGCAAGAUUGUGUGUGUGUAUACACACACAUAUACACGCACACGCGCCGCUUCACAUACAUACAAGCAAGCUGCUACAGGAAACGUGCACAUAGGUGUGACUGCGCAGUCGCCAUGUGAGUACCUGGAUGAAAACAUGCAGUAGGACUAGAAGAGUGAUACUAGGCACAUUUAUAAGAUGGCAAGAAAAAAGGGCCUAUUAAUUGUUGAAUAUUUUCAGUAAAAUAUUUUGAUAGAAAGCGUAUAUUUUGAUUUUAUAAGGGCAUAAGAAAACAUGACAGAUGUUAAGCCAAUUGGAAUUUCGCCGUCUCAAACACAACAGCAAUCAACACCAGCACCAGCACCAUCAGCACCACCGCCUUCAUCAACACCACAGCAACAGCAACAACAGUCACAGCAACAACCUCAACAACAGCAAAUGAUGAUUACUACUCAGGAGUUACAACAGAACGUUCAGCAGUCACAGCAACAUGUACAGCAACAACAAGUUCAACAACAAUCUCAGCAAGUGCAACAACAACAACAGGUUCAGCAGCAACAGGUUCAGUCGCAACAGCAAAUACAAGUGCAGCAACAGGUUCAGCAGCAGCAGCAACAACAAUCCCAACAGCAACAGCAAAAUAAUGGAGCGCACAGUGUUGUUCCUACUCAAGUUCAAGUUCAACCACAAGUAGCUGCAAGUAUGCCACAAGUAGCUGCAAGUAUGCCACAAGUAGCUGCGAGUAUGCCGCAAGUAGCUGCAAGCAUGCCACAACAAUUGCAGGGUGCUGUUGCAGUAUCGAUGCAGCAUCAACAGCAGCAAGGAGUAGGUGGUGUGUCUAUGACAUUGUCUGGUCAACAGGGUGCAACCACCAUAACCACUAUGGCUGCGCACCCACAAGCCGUCCAAGUAAUUCAACAGCCAUUACAAAGUCAAGCUUAUCACUUGCAACAAUUAUACAAUACUCAAGGCACGCCAUUAUUGAUGCCAGGAAAUCUUGCGCUCCAUCCUGCAGGCAUAAAUCCCUCUUCCAUUCAGGUGAUAACAGCUGGAAAGCCGUUUCAAUCUGCAGCUCAGUUGACUCCUCACAUGCUAACAACAGCAUCGAAUCCUGGACAAGGCGGUGGUCAUCCCGGUGCGGGUGGUAAAGUCCAAGGAUUUCCUGCCGGCUAUUUACCAGUACCUACGUCAAAUCCUGGCGCAGAUCAGACGCUAGUGUUCGGUCAGCUUGGUGUAUUAGGUUCCCCACAACCACAACAGUUGCAACAACAGCAAGCGCAACAAUCUGCUGCUAAACAAGAUCAGGUGCAAAAGUAUACAACGUGCGCCGGUGGGACACCUUCAGGCGCAAGAAAUGCUGGUAUGCAAUUUGCGCCCUGGCAAUUUGCGCCUCAAGUAUGGGCGACUGGAUUGCAACAGCCAACUCUCCUCACUGCCGCACCUAAUCAGAUAUUUAUUCGCGGUGCCACACAACCUGACAUGUUCAUACAAAGUCCACAGCCGAUACAAGCGCACAAUGCUCUUGCAACGCAGCAACAGUUACAAGGUGUGCAACAGAUCGCGACUGUUGGUGGGAAACCGAAAGUGAUGGACAUGCAACAACAGCAGUCGCAACAGGGUAAACCAAGCACAAGCAGUCAGCGGCCGUUGAGUAUUCUACCAUCAUCAUUGCAGGCUGUACAGACUGCCAAUAUACGCGCCGCCAGUUCCGUUUCCACACAAACAGUUCAUGGAGUUCAAGCCACUAUACAAGUACAGAGUGGCAAAGGUGUCACCACUACUGGUAAAGGUCGUGGAAAGCCAAUACAAUGUCCGCAACCGCAACAGCAGCAGCAGCAACAGCAAAUUCAACAGCCGAUACAGCAGCAGGUCUUUAUACAACAAAAACAACAACAGCAACAACUUCAACAGCAGUAUCAGCAGCAAGUACAGUCUUCUCAACAACAAAUACAACCCAAAGCUAUUAUGGGUAAGAAGAAUACUCGUUUGAAUGCAAAUAUGACUCUACAGCAGCAGCAACAACCGGGUGUUGUUUUGAACACAGAUCGUUCAAUUGUGCCGAUAGUCUCGGUGGGAAUUAGAGUUGCUCCUACGUCGCAGAUGAAUCAGACAUCGAUGUCGACCGUACAGCAGGUGCCUUUAUCGGCUAUCAAUCAUACAAUAAUAAGUAAUCAAAUAAUGAGCGGGACGUCGCAAGUUCAAACGAUGCCGAUCGUAAACACAACGCAGGAUCAGCCUACGCACGACAAUACCAACUCGGCAAUAAUGAUCACAUCGCCAGAUCGAAAUCAAUCGGCCGAGUGUUCUUUGAUAUUGCCGUCUACCGUAAAUCCUCCGAUGGUGACUGACGAAAACGCGAAAUUACCGUCAAAGAAAGAUGAUGUGCCUGCCAUUAUGGAGGAAGCCGCAACAACACCUCAAUCUGAAGUAACAGAUGUAACACAAUGUAAGACGACACCUGUGAGAGAAGAGGAACCGAUCGUCGUAAAAACGGAGGAUAAACAGUGCAAUAAUCCGUUAGCGGGGCUUGCCAAUACAGUAAACGCAAUUACGAACGGUGUGGUUGGCGAUGAGUCAUCAACUACGCCAGUAGUCGUAGUGAAUAGUAAGCAAGCUCCGCCUAAAGCUAUGGUGAAGCCACAGGUUCUCACGCAUGUAAUAGAAGGAUUCGUGAUACAGGAAGCGUCAGAACCGUUUGCAGUGAGUCAAGAAACCACUAAUAUUCUUAAUCGGAGUAACGCAACCACAGAAAGGGAUACUCAUGAUGAACCUCCGAAAAAGAAACACGCUCCUAAUCAUUCUAACGAGGAAGACGGAACUAGUGGUCAGGUUAUUAAAUGCGAAAAUUGUGGCAAUACGAUUGACGAACAGAAUGUCAAGCUCAAGAAAGAAAAACGAUUCUGCUCGUCAACAUGUGCAAAAAACAAAAAGCGCGAAACGCGAGAUCGUGACGAUACGGAGAAACAGUGGACUGAGAUAGAGACUGAGACGAGAACUGUUGAUAACGACACGAUGAAAAAGAAUGGCGAAGAAAAGUUGUUGUCCACAACCACCACCUCUUCCGCCGACGAAUCAGUGCAGAAAGUAAACCCAGUGAAAUGGACGGUUGGUGAGGUGUGCGAUUUUAUACGCGGUUUACCGGGAUGUGCGGAUUACGCGGAAGACUUUGCCAUCCAGGAGAUUGACGGUCAAGCUCUUAUGUUAUUGAAAGAAGACCAUUUGAUGUCCGCGAUGAGUAUAAAACUGGGUCCGGCGUUGAAAAUUGUCGCCAGAAUCGAUUCAAUGCGGGUGGAAUCGAUGUCAAACUCUAAUCCCGCGUCGAAUAAUUAAUAAACUGCCUAAGCCUAUCCGCUGAAGAAAUCAUCAGUUCCCGAAUACAACUGAAAUAUUCCACCUUGUAAAAUACAGGACUUGUGCAAGUAAUUCGAUCAAAUGUGACAUUAGAAUUUAAAUUUCUCAACGAUCAAAAAUGUCAGAGUACGCGCCAAACACAAUGGACGAUUUUCUCAUGCUGAGAUAUUCGACGAAGUUUUCAACGACGUCUUCUCGUGACUCCUCGCCUUAUAUGUGUGAAAAUAAGGCAGUUUCUUGUACAAUUUAUUUUCUUAAGGAAGUUGCAACGACGAGUGAGAGGGUAUACAUGGUUUUUAAGUUUGAAUGUAUAGACGAAAAUAUAAAAGAGGAUCAGUCCGUGUAAGCUACUAAUUGAUAAAUUGUUUUAUAACAAAAAAUGAAAAUCAUAUACCACACGCACGGACGAUGUUCAUGAGUUUCACUCAGCCUUUUUUUUUUUUUUUUUUUUUUAGCAUAGUCUACAGUUUUUUAAAAUGGAUUCCAAACUACUCGCAACAUCUAUCGAAUGUAUGGGGCUGUAGGAUCGCAUAUACUUUUUUAUAAAUUCUCUUUUCAGAUGCUUGUGAAUAAAAAGUCGCAAAGUUACGGGGAUCGACAAUUUUUGUAUUAAAUUAUUCGUUCAAAAAUUGCUUAAAAUUCGAAAUUGUUUUCCAGAGCAUCAUCCGUACGUUUUGUAAUAUAUUUUGUAAUUAG